UCAACUGAUUGAUUCCCCGGUAGUAAGAAUGAAGAGAAGGCGAAUAGGAACAUGAAGAGAAGGCCAAAGAAUCGAAACGCAUUCAUUUCUCUCUUUGUCGUCUUCGAAAACCAUCAAAAGCAGGUGCACCACCCUAACCUUAACCUUUACUUCACCUGCCCCAUUACCCAUCAUCCAUCCUUGCUUUCCCACUAACCCUCCCAUUUCCGUUACCGUUAUCCUCUCCUCUUUCUCUCUCUCUCAACCUCUUAUUUAUUUAUUAACCCUUUAUUCCACCCCUUUCCUGUCGCUUCACCAAGUACCUAACUUUCUGCCACCGCCAGACCCAAACGGCAAAAGGGUGCUUUGAUUCGCAUUCUGUGAUCUCAACGUCGCAUUCUUUUAUCUCAACGAUGAAGCGUCCACUGUCACCAUCAGCGAGCGGCGUGAACGUUGAGGACAGGAAGAUGAAGAAGAAGGCGAAGGCGGUGGAAAAUGACGACGAUAACGUGGAGCGCGUGGAGGGGCUGGCGCAUUUCGACGACAACCUUCUGUUCGAGGUCUUGAAGCACGUGGACGCGCGGACCCUGGCGAUGUCGGGGUGCGUGAACAAGCAGUGGCACAAGACGGCGCAGGACGAGAGACUCUGGGAACUGAUCUGCACAAAGCAGUGGGCAAACACUGGCUGCGGGGAGCAACAGCUAAGAUCCGUGGUCCUCGCGCUCGGUGGCUUCCGUCGCCUCCACGCGCUUUACCUCUUCCCUCUCUCAAAGCCUCAACAAACACCAUCUUCUUCAUCUUCAUCGACCUCGUCCUCUUCUUCCUCGGCCUGGGGCCCCACCAUACCCCAGGUGAUUCGAUCGAAGCCGCUACGUUUGGGGAAAGACGAGGUUCACCUCUCUCUUUCGCUCCUCUCCAUUCGCUACUACGAGAAGAUGAAUUUCAAUAACAGAACCACCAGAUGAUUGAUUGCUCUGCUCAUUCUUCCAUAAUCCAUCCACCAUCCGCGUGUUGCUUCUUUUUUUAUUACUAUUAAUUAAACCUAAUCUCGGAUUUGGACUUCUUCUUUUUUUUUUUUUAAUUUGUGCGAUUUUUAGAUUUCAGUUGCCAGAUCUGCUUUUUAUUCAGGCAAUUAGUCUAUAAGCUGGAUGUGUUCUGUAACUUGUAUGUACUUUGAUUUGAUAAAUAUAUAACAAUAUAUAUGAAUAUUGGGAUCUAA